GUGUGAUAUAAUUCAAAAACUCUGCCGAGGAAGGUCUCCUGUUCCCGGUUUGCAGAUUUAGCCGACUCGCAGUGUUCAACAUUCCUCAAGUUCUCAGAAGAGAAUCGACUGUCUUAAUGCCAAACCAAUCAAAGGUGUUGUUGUUUUUCACGCAAGCAGCAUACCUUGCCUCGCCAGGCUCGCAGCCACAAUGCGGGCUUUGGAUAUUUCGUCAGAGAGCGCCGGCGUCAUACGCAGGUGCAAUUUAGUCAGGGCUUUCAGCUUUUAUUUAGUGCCGCUUUUGUCGUCGCUCUUAGCUGUGUCCAAUCUUCACAGCCUCACCAAAACAGCACGUUUGCGCAGUUGCACGCAAAAGAAACUCUCUUGGGGGAUUGGGGGGGUUGACGAGUGGCCAAAGAACCCCUGCCACUUUCUCUGUCCCAUACAGGAGCUGGCAGUUGCCAGGCUUGGCGGAGGCUGCGAUGUCAGCCAUUUUAGAGCGGACGGGACAAUGUGUGGGCCGCCGCCAUCUUUCUUCCUUUUCUUCUCAAGUUGCCAAAUGAAUGCCUGUAGUCUUGGCUACACAACUGAAGAAGUUAUUCAUGAAAGCGAUGCAAAAGGAUGCGUGACUCAGAUGUGAUUUUUUUUUUCUUCUUUCCCCUCCUCCUCGGCGAGCCACGGUUUAUUUGUCCGUCCUUCAUCUGGGCCGCAGAUAGAAGGCUCCGUCAAACAAUGUACGCCUUCCGCGGCGAGCUGCGCCCUAACCCAGAACGGCGACCGCGCGCGAGCAGACGCUAAGUAUGUCGCAGCCGCGUCUGAUUGAGCAACAUGGUGACGGGAGGUCGUUUGAGGCACGCUCGCCGGUGCCAUUUCCUUAACGAAGCCCGCCCGGCGACCGUUUGAGGAGCGCGCGGGCGGCUUUGGGUUGCCGGGGAAGAAAAUGGCUCAGACCUCAGCCAAAGUGGGCUGAAAGGGACGCCGAGGGCCAAGGGACUUUUUCAACCCAGCGGCUCGCAGGCCCGCGUGGAUGAAAGUUUGUCCUGCGCCAGAUGCGCUCCGAGGAAUUCACUGCGUAUGAGACUUGCGGUCGCUGGGCGUGUGCGAGCGCCUCGGCGGCGAGCGUGUGUGUGUGUGUGUGUGUGUGUGGCAUAUUGGGCAAGGGGAGGAGAAGGGUUGCCAUGGCAAUGUUAACACAUGAGUGGCACGACCGACCGGACUCCCAGUGGAUGGGGCUACAGUCACGGAGGUUCCCCGGGAGCGUUUCCAGCCGGCCGAAGGCGUGAAGCGACCCGGCGGCCGAUCCAUGACGCCAAAGUCCGGCGGGCCGGCGCUCUCCUCCCAGCGGACGAUCCGUCGCCGGCGUUCCCAUCCGGGCAAAGCGCCGCAAUGGCCAGCAAGAGGAAAUCCAGCGUGCCCUGCAUGAUCCCGUCCAAAUCCAAACACGCCCGCGAGGAGACCAUCCUGGGCUCGCUGCCGGAGGUCCUGCCCACCAUCCCCGAAGACGGCAUCCUCGGCGCGUCGGCGGAAGAGUCGGGCCGGGCCCCCUCCCGAUACCGGCCGCGGAAAGGAGGCGCCUAUGCUUGCCCGCCGUGCUCUUUCCACUCCGCGGAUCUGAACUACUUUUUGGACCACGUGCGCGGCAGCCACCCGGACUUCCGGGCCCGGCCCACGUUCCGCUGCCUCAAGUGCGACGUGUCGGCGGUCGGCUUCGAGGCGCUGGCCCUGCACAACGCCGCCGCUCACGCGGAGAUCACGGAGGGCUCCGUUAGCGCCUCCCUGAGCGUGGGCCAGCGCGACGGCGCCACCACGGUGGAGCAGAGCCUCUUCGACGGGGACGGGGGGGACGGCGCCGUCUCCCUGAGCAAGACCCCCAUCGCCAAGAUGAUGAGAGCCAAGGGCGAGCACAAAAAGAUCGUGGUGUCCCACACCGUGGAGCUGUUGCGCAAGGAGGGCGGCGAGGCGGCCCGGCCCGCCCCCCCGCCGAGCGAGCCGCCCGAGCUCCGCAACGGGGCCUUUCAGCGGCGGCGCGCCCCCUCCCUGUACCCGCCGCCGGGCAAGGAGCUUCCCAAGGUGAUGAUCCCUCUGAGCAGCAUCCCCACCUACCACGCCGCCAUGGACGCCAGCAGCUUUCUCAAGACGUCCUUCGGCAAGUUCCCCUACCCCACCAAAGCCGAGCUCUGCUACCUGACGGUGGUGUCGGAGUUCCCCGAAGAGCAGAUCAAACUGUGGUUCACCGCCCAGAGGCUCAAGCAGGGCAUCAGCUGGUCGCCCGAGGAAAUCGAAGAAGCCAGGAGGAAGAUGUUCAACACCGUGUUCCAAGGCGCCGCGCCGCAAAAGCAGCCCGCCGCGCCGCCUGGCCUCAAUCGCACCGUCACUCACCGCAGCGCGAGCGCCUCCGGAGGGGCCGCCCGAGCCGGGCCCGCCGGCCCCCGCGUCACCAGGGUCUCGUACUCGGCCCCGCUCCUCGCUCAGAAGCUUCCGUCUCUCAUCGGAACGCCGAGCGACGCCGGUCAAGGCGAGCCGGAGAAGAGCGGCGACGUGGCGGCGGACAACGUCGCACGGAGAAACGGGAAUAACGCCGGCUUUGCCGCCCGCGCUCCCGAUGUGAGCAAUAACCAUGCGCCCGCCCCCGCCGACAAGACGCGCGGCGCUUCGCCGACCGCGAAGGAAGCUUCCGGGGCCCUGGAAAACACCGGCGACGCAAACCGCAACAAUCGCGGGCGCGCCGCGCUCGGCCCUCCGGAUCAGGCCGACGGCGGCGGCGUUGGCCACGAAGGCGCCGGCCCUUCCCCGACUCAAAGCGCCGCAAAAAGCGGCUCGUCCGGCGCGGAGGAGGGCAAAGGCGCCAAGGAGUCGAGCCUCAAAAGCAUGUCCAUCUUGCAGCAGCUCAUCAAGGACGACGAGCUUUUUCCCGCCGACGGCGAGCAGAAAACGGAACCCGUCAAGGUCAACUUCAAGCGACUGAAGGUCAACGAGAGCGAGAGCGCGGCCGAGCCGGCGCAGGCCGAGUCGGAGCCGGCCGACGACAACGCCCAGCAGCUGCGCAUCCUGCGCCGGGCCUUCUCCAGCGCCCGCUGGCCCAACAGUCAGCAGUACGAGGAGUUGAGCGUCCAGACGGGCCUGCCCAAGUCGGAGGUGGUGCGCUGGUUCAGCGACAGCCGCUACAGUCAUAAGAACGGACAGCUCAAGUGGCUGGACGGAUAUCUGCGGCCGGCCCGGGAAGCCGGCGGCGGCGGCGGCGGGGGAGACGGCCCGGCCAAAUUGCGGGCGGAGCCGCCGCCGCCGAUGCCGGGCCAAAAGCAACAGGUCCGAGGCCCAAUAAACACCGAGCGCCAGCGGAUUCAGUGGCAGGACUUCAACUCGCCGCUGCAGGCGCUCAUGGCCGCCGAGGGACGCGGCCAGCUCGUCAAAGCCGACGCCUCCGCCGAGGACGCCUGGCCGCCGCAAAGAGACCGCCGGCAGCUUGCUGCCGCUCAGCCGCUCCUUCAACAGCCCAAUGACGCCAAUCAGAACAGGGACGGCCCGAGGAUGGAGCUGCUGGAGGUGUGAUGAAGUCGCUGGGAAGGCUUUGCUCCCAAAACGAGUGUUUGUCAUGACAGCAAAUGUGAUUGUAGCUGGACCGUGAGACUCUGACUGUAACUGUGAAGACAUCGCCGCCCCCUCCUCUCCCUCUUCUUCCUCCAUCUGCCAUCACUCCCUCCCGCGUCAGAAGCAAGAACUUGUCACCUCCUUCGCUCCCGCCGCCUUUCCGCCUUUCAUGCUUUCUCUGCGGUCGUGCGGGGAGGCUGCGCAACCAGGACAGUACGAGGGCCCCGCGGAAAGAACCGGAAGACGCACACUGACCGGGAAACUGACUUGAAUGAACAAAAGGCUGACGGGCCCGGGCCGGGAGAUCAUCUUGUAGGGGGGGGGUCAGCGCGAGAAAUCUCCAUACGGCAUAUGAUCGAAACUGCACUAUUAAAGAGGGGUCAUACUGACUGAACGGACAAACGAUGUGUCAAACAAAUGUUAUUGUUGGCUUUGUGAUAUUUUUUACUUUGUUUUUUUUUUUUAGCAACCAGUACUUCAGCACUGCCUUGACUUUUACUCGUUGGCUUUUCUUUCCAGUUCCAUUUCCUUUUCUCGUCACUGUAAGUCCAGAUGCAAUCAAACAUGUUUCAUUUCGACCCGUAUCGAUGUUUGUGAUCACUUUGUGGUUCAGCUACACGCAAGCGACUAUAACGAUGCACUAAUGAAGACAGCGAUGCUCAAAAUCCCACUGGUCCACUGCAAAGGUAUUGACAGCUUUGUCCCGAUCAAUGACCUACAAAGCCCCGCAAGCUGAAGAGAGACGAGCCCGUCACGCUAACGUUGCCUUACUCAGCUCUGUACGUGUGUGUCAUGGAAUGUUUGUCCGUCGACUCGCUUUGCAGCUACCGCGCUUUCCGUAAAGUUGAAGAGUGGGGCCGGGGAGCAAGUGCAUCCAGGAUCGCCGUUGCUCUCCAUCUGUGAAAAGAAAAAAAAGAAAAGAAAAAAAACGUCGUGUGUGUGUGCUGCUUUAUGUGCACUUUGGAAACGUUUUAAUAUGAGCUGUAACUGUAAUAUUGUAUCGAACAUUGUGACUGGCCAAAUGCUGAAAGCUAAAUUACCGAUUGGAUCCUUUGACACUGACAGAGUGAGAUCUCGAGCUAGCUCCAGAGCCAAGUGGGGGAGCAAUUCUCCCGAAUUUUCUUGUUUCCUGAAACAUACAGUCACUACAUGGAUAUCCUAAGCUGCAUUCUUGUCAAGCUGCUAAUAGCUCAGAACGGUGCUAUACCAUCCAAAGUGAAAUUGGAGGUUCAUCUCCUACCAGCAGUGUAUGCACUUCUGUCGAAUGUUUAAAAAAAAUAUUUUGGUUUGAGAUAAAUGGAAUCUGGACUUACGGUGUAAUGAUCGCUUACGAAAAGAAAACUUUUAUGAAAUAACCUGAUCAUAAAGCACUGUUGUAUCAUCCUUUCUACACUUUCUCUGAAUCUUUACAGAAUAAACCGAAUACUCACCAA